GCUGUUGGAGGCAGCUGGACCGGCGGCAGCAGUAGAUGCUGUCCCAUCAUCAGAUCACACCCAACCGGGCUGCCGCGCACCGCUCCUCCGGCCGAACACCAUGACACCCGGAUUCGGGACCGCAGCCUGAGCCGAACCGAGGACCAAACCCGCCCCCCCGCAGGACCGCGAGCACACGCGCACAGUCACGCGUACACGCACGUUCCACGCGCGGGUCACCCGACGCCGAGGAUCGCAAGCGACCCAGCGGCAGAUCCACGCGCGGACGGACGGACGGGAGGGAAGCGAACUCCGGCCGCGCCGCAGAGACGCGUCCCACCAGAGAACCGAGUCCGUGCGGGUCGUUUCACGCCCACGCAGAUUUCACAACAUGUCAUCCACGGGCAAGGACGCCAACAGCGGGCAUUACGCCAACUAUGUGGGACCGUACCGGCUGGAGAAGACGCUGGGGAAAGGACAGACAGGUCUGGUGAAGCUGGGCAUCCACUGUGUGACGGGUCAGAAGGUCGCCAUAAAGAUCGUCAACAGAGAAAAGCUCAGCGAGUCCGUUCUUAUGAAGGUGGAGCGGGAGAUCGCCAUUCUGAAACUCAUCGAGCAUCCUCACGUUCUGAAGCUGCACGACGUCUAUGAAAACAAGAAAUACCUGUACCUGGUGCUAGAACACGUGUCCGGAGGCGAGCUGUUCGACUACCUGGUGAAGAAAGGCCGGCUCACCCCCAAAGAAGCCAGAAAGUUCUUCAGACAGAUCAUCUCAGCGCUGGACUUCUGCCACAGCCACUCCAUAUGCCACAGAGAUUUGAAGCCGGAGAACUUGUUGCUAGACGAGAAGAACAACAUCAGAAUAGCGGAUUUUGGCAUGGCGUCUCUGCAGGUCGGGGACAGCCUGCUGGAGACCAGCUGUGGAUCUCCACACUACGCCUGCCCGGAGGUGAUCAGGGGAGAGAAGUACGACGGGAGGAAAGCGGACGCGUGGAGCUGUGGAGUCAUCCUGUUUGCACUGUUAGUGGGCGCGCUGCCGUUUGACGACGACAACCUGAGGAACCUUCUGGAGAAGGUGAAGCUGGGAGUUUUCCACAUGCCGCACUUCAUCCCUCCGGACUGUCAGAACCUUCUGCGAGGAAUGAUCGAGGUGGACGCCACCAAGCGGAUGACGUUAGAGCAGAUCCAGAAGCACACGUGGUAUCUAGCGGGGAAAAACGAGCCUGAGCCGGAGCAGCCGGUUCCCCGGAAGGUGGCCAUCAGGAUGCUGGGUUCCCCCGAGGAGAUCGACCCAGACGUCCUGGAGAGCAUGCACUCCCUGGGCUGCUUCAGAGACAAGGAGAAACUGACCAAAGACCUGCUGACUGAGGAUGACAACCAGGAGAAGAUGAUCUACUUCCUGCUGCUGGAUCGGAAGGAGAGAUACCCGAGCCACGAGGACCAGAACCUGCCGCCCCGUAAUGAGAUCGCAGAUCCUCCCAGGAAGCGCGUGGACUCGCCGAUGCUGAGCCGCCACGGCAAGCGGCGACCUGAGAGGAAGUCCAUGGAGGUGCUGACCGUCACCGAGGGAGGCUCGCCCGUCCCGGUGCGACGAGCCAUCGACAUGGCGACCCACGGUCAGAGCAAAUCUGUGUUCAGUAAAAGCUUGGAUAUCACAAACGCUAACUGCAGCAAGGAGGAAAGGUCGCGGUCGAUCAGCGGAGCUUCCUCCGGUCUGUCCACCAGCCCCCUCAGCAGUCCCAGGCCCCACCGGCGCUUUUUUGUCCCGCCCCAGUCCCCCGAUCUGUGUCAGUCGCCCAACUGCAGCCCUACGCACUGCCCUGAGGUCCGCCUCAAUGGGGUGGGUUCACGCGCGGCCAACUCCUACCAGCCAAAGAUGGGGUCCCCCCUCAUGCACCCACGCACCCAGACACUCCCUGCCAAGCCCAAAGUGUCAGAGAAGCCCCUGCAGACCACCAGAUCCAACCCACUGCCCCACACGGUUCAGAACCCCAGCACCCCUAAAUCUGAGCCGUCCACAGCGAGCCAGCCCCUCGCUCCCUGCAUCCCCAACAGCCCCCGGACCAGACGACACCCUCCCCUCACAGUCCCCCCCAAGCUGUCCAUCCCCCUCUCCCCAGUGCCCCCCAUGUCUCCCCUCCGCCGCCACCACCUCCACCCUGACCACAAUGGCAAAUCUGUCCCCAUCACACAGGUAACCCCUCACCCUUCCCCUAGAGGGAGUCCUCUCCCUACCCCAAAAGGCACGCCUGUGCACACACCCAAGGACAGCCCGGCCGGCACGCCGAGCCCCACGCCGCCGCCAAGUCCCUCCAUCGGCGGGAUGCCCUGGAGGACGCGUCUCAACUCCAUCAAGAACAGCUUCCUGGGCUCGCCGCGCUUCCACCGCAGGAAAAUGCAAGUUCCCACCCAGGAGGACAUGUCCAGCCUCACCCCCGACUCGUCUCCAGAGCUGGCUAAGAAGUCGUGGUUCGGGAACUUCAUCAACCUGGAGAAAGAGGAGCAGAUCUUCAUCGUGAUCCGGGACAAACCUCUGAGCUCCAUAAAGGCCGACAUCGUUCACGCCUUCCUCUCUAUUCCCAGCCUGAGCCACAGCGUCAUCUCUCAGACCAGCUUCCGGGCGGAGUACAAGUCCACGGCCGGGCCCACGGUUUUCCAGAAGCCCGUUAAGUUCCAGGUGGACAUCACCUACACGGAGAGCUCCGGCGCUACCAAGGAGAACGGCAUCUACUCCGUCACCUUCACCCUGCUCUCAGGUCCAAGUCGGCGUUUCAAGCGCGUGGUGGAGACCAUCCAGGCCCAGCUUCUCGGUUCCAACGACCUGCCGGGCAUCCAGCCUCAGAUAUCCGAUGGCUCUCAGCGCUCAGCCGCUUUGCCCGGUAAAUCCUCCAAGCGUGGCAGCCCGUUGAGUAACUUCUUUGACGUAAUUAAACAGCUUUUUUCAGACGAGAAGAACAUCCAAGGGUCGCACUCCCCAGGCACCCCUACCUCGACUAGCUCCCCCACCAAGCAUGCCCCCGCCAGCAGGCCCAGCCAGGCCCCGCCCAAUGACUCUAAAUGCCCCCCGGGCAAAGAGAAAACAAAGAUGGCCGCCAGCAACAGGACACAGGACAACCCUUAAGGAGCAGUAGCUGUGCAUGACUAGAUGAAAAGCAGUAAUCAGGUCAUUAAGAAGCGGAGAGCUGCUAAUUUUGCCCUUUAGCUCGGAUUGAAAGUUAAAAAAAAAAAUCUACUUUUUGCCUAUACAUUUUUGUACUGUAUAAUGGGAAUGGCUCAGUUUAAAAGUCGGAUCAGUAUUUUAAAAACUAGUAGCAAAUGUAGCUUUGCUGUCCCCCCCUCCUUGUGUCCCUCUCUCUGUCCUCCUCACAUGUGUGAUGGCUUGACUUGUCUCUGCCACCAGGGAUCAUCCAUAAUAGCUAUUAACCCCGACGGCUCCUCAGCUGCAGCCCGCUCACGGCCCACCGCCACCGAACCGAGCCAAGCGCUGAGGAAAAGGCGGAGGAUCCCUUUUUGAGUCCAAACGCAGACCUUCUCAGAAGAGUUGUAAAAAGGAAAAAAAAAGGCCUUAAGACAGUGAUGUUUGUCAAUCUACACCCCCCAUGCCCCCUCCCCUUCAUCCUUUUUCUUCCAGCUUUCCCACAUGUACAUAACAAAUGAAAAACUACACAAACUGACUUUCUUUAUGGGAUUAUGAGACUUGAAUCGGUGGAGUCGAGCAGAGGCGGACGGCGCGGCAAACACUGGCCGGAUUGUAGUUCUUUUUAUCGUUGAGUUUCUUUGUGGAAGACUGAACUUCUGAGGACUUUGAGCAAACCGAUUUUGGCAAUUUAAUGGCAACCCGGGAUGGUAAAGAUGGGAGAGUUUGGUGAUGGUGUUAUUAAAAUGAAUGAUCUCUUCUGUUGUACAGGCCUGUGUUGUGACAUUACGUUUUAAGUUGAUUAGUAUUUAUGUUCAGGCAGGGUCACACCAGAAGGGAAAUCUGUCACUUUUGAUCAAUGGGUUUAUCGUUAAAUCUACACACAGGUACAAUUUUAAAGCAAACUCAGAACGGAGGAAGUUCCUGUGACUUUCUAGCUGCUGGGUUAGCCGUUUAAAGUUUGAGCCGUCUGAACACAAUCAGCUUCACACGCCUAGCUGACUGAAAUAAAUCGUUUCCUGUAUAAACGGACGCCAGGCGUUUACAACCUUCAAGAAAGUUCUCAAAGUCUGAGGAAAUACGCUCCCUGUGAGGCAGAAACAAACAAGUAGUGUUUACCCGACAGUAAAUGACGACGGGUUGUUAGUUAUUAGGAGAUUGAACCUUCAACAUUUGCAUGCAAAGCUGCUGCUGUAGUCGUCGUCGGCUAGAGACUGGUGUGGACUCUAGUUGCUAAACAUGUUCAGACUAAAGGAACUGAUUUGGAUUCAACUUCCUGCUUUGGAAGAGUGAACCAGUCCUGGAGGGAAACCCAGACUGUGUUCCCAGCCUAGAAGGAAUACUAAAUCCUUCUAGUAGGUUCUGGGUCUCCUGUGACCAAACCUUCGAUAAGUGGAAGAUAGAUGAAGGUGAGAACAUAAAAGUACUCCUAAAUCUAGAGCUUUGCUUUUCAGUCUGGCUCCUUUUUGCUAUUUCAGACUUCAUCAGAACC